AUGCUUCUUAAUUUAAAUCGCACGAUGGCUACAACUGUCGAUCAAUUAGUGAUUGACUCACAGUCACGUUUUCUUGAAAUGAAAUCCCUUCAACCGUAUUCAACGACCGAUGAAUAUCUGUAUGCCAUGAAAGAAGAUCUAGCUGAUUGGUUGUCCACGAUGUAUCCAGAAUGGGCUUCAAUUACAGCCGAUAAUUUUCUUGAAUGUUUAGAGAAUGGUGUGCUACUAUGUCAACAUGCUAAUAAUGUAAAUGAAGCUGCACGCCGUGUUCUACCAUCGUCGUCGGCAUUUACAAAUUGUAAAUAUCGUUCUAAUGCUCGUUCAGGUACAUUCAACGCUCGCGAUAAUGUAUCACAAUUUAUCAAAUGGGCACGUUGUAUUGCCUGUGUUCGAGAAGUUCUUAUGUUCGAAUCUGAUGAUUUAAUAUUGAGAAAAAACGAAAAAAAUUUUAUACUUUGCCUACUUGAAAUCGCUCGUUUCGGUGCUAAAUUUGGUGUUAGUGUGCCUGCUAUAAUCAAGUUCGAAUAUGAAAUCGAACGAGAAAUUGAACAUGAUAAACAAAAAGAAAAAUUAUUAUAUACUGAAUUCGAAUCUUUACAAACACAACAAGAUGAUAAUGAAAACGCUACAACGAAUUUAAUCGAUUAUCAAUCUAUUGAUAUCAAUGAAUUUAAUAAUAAUAAUAAUAAUAAUAAUCAAACAAACGAAAAUUCAAAUGAUAUUUUUCCAACCGUAGAUACUAAUCAGAAUUAUAGUUUAGAACAAAAUUUAUCACAUUUACCGAUAUUAUCAAAUAAUAAUCGUAAGCGAAGACAGAAUAGCGAAGAAAGUUAUGAUAGUACAACAUCUAGUGAAAUAACUACAACGGUCAUUACCUCAAAUGAAAACUCACAAUUGUGUCGAACAGUAGAAGAACGACCGAAGCCAAUUGUACCACCGGCUUCAUCGUCACAUUUACACAAAACGGUUGUCAAAAUUGUGAAUUCAUGUUGUUGUUCACAACGCUUUCCUGUCAUACGUAUUGGCGAAGGCAAAUAUCGUAUUGGUGAAAAUGGAACAAUCAUAUUCAUUCGUAUUUUACGAAACCAUGUCAUGGUUCGUGUUGGUGGUGGUUGGGACACACUUGAAAAUUAUCUCAACAAACAUGAUCCAUGCCGACGAUCAGGUCAUCAUCGAGACUCGGGGCAUCAUGAUCAUUCCAAUAUUCCGAUUCUUGCGUUAACAAAUCCACAUGUAUCACCUAGUGUACAAAAAAAUACUCCAUUCGGAAAGUCUAUAACAAUAAAAACCGAAGAAUUUCCUCUACCAAAACCUACUAACCACGAUACAAAUCUAGUCGAUGCUCAACUUGUUAUCACACGUGGUGCUGAUGGACGUCAUCACAUUGGGCAAAUAACCUAUAAAGCCGAAGAAGACACUCUCAAUCAACCAUCAGCAUGUCCCCAUCACCAUCAGCAGCAUCGUCAUUCAUCGCCACCGACAGUUAAGGUAAAAUCUACUCGUACUACAGAACGUUCUACUCCGCCAUCGGUAUUCAAUAAACAAUCAUCGCCUAGUACUGAUCAAGAUUAUUCGUCACUGACAGAAACAACACCUAGUAAACCAUCGUCAACAUCAUCAUUAGAUUGCAAAGAAGAUUAUAUCGAACAAGCAAUCAAGUCUUUAAAUAUGACUUCAAUCGAAAAUCAACGUGUUCGAUCAUCUUCACCAAUAGAAAAACCUAUUCACAUUAAUACUCCUCCUCCGCCGGUUAUCGUUAUUCAAUCAACUAAACCAUCGAAUCAAAAGUCUAACCACAUCAUUGCAAAACCACCGAGCAUUACUGAAUCUAUUAUUGAUACAAUCGAUGGCUACGUACCACCGAGAUCUUCGGAAAUUCCACAUGAUUUUAACAUAAGUGAUAUUGAUGAUAUUAUGGGAAUAACUAAAAAACUGACUCCUAAUGACGAUACAAUGAACAUGGAUAAUGAUAGUUUAGAAAGUAGUGAAGGCAUUUUGGAAGAAAAAAAGAGUCCGCCCGCACCACUAUCCUCUCGUUCGCAAUCAGCGAAAAAGUCCAGUGGAAAAUUUUCUACAUUUUAUUUAGCACAGCGACAAAAAUUUCAACAAGAACAAGUUGUCAAUCGUCAACGAUCUACUAAUAAUCUAAAUCGAUAUGCUACACGUUCAAAUACAUUACCGAAUGUUGUUGAAGCACUUAAAAAAGAAGAACAAGCCGCAAAGCAACGUCGUAAACCAUUAACUGCAACAACAAAACGAGCGCAAUCAUCUGAAACAAUCGACAAGAUGAAUGACAUAUCAAAACUUGAUCGAGACUCGGGAUUCGACGAACAAGAUUUUCGUCGCGAACGAUUACAUUCAAAUGGUGACGAUAAUUCGAGUAUGUCAUCGCUAAGAAGUCCCAGAGGUUCAACGGCUAGUUCAAUAAAUCUCGACUAUAAAGAAAAUAAAUCUUACGAAUUACGCAUGAAAAAAUUAGACGCAAAACGUAAUUCAAUUGAAAAAAAUUCACCUGUAAAAACCGUACGAAAUGCAAAUCUAUCAACAAGACGUUCCUGUGAUGUCAUUCUACCGAGCACGCCAACAAAUAAAUAUCGAAAAAAUAGUCAACCUAUUAUCACAGGCAAAAAGUAG